UCCUUUCAACUCAUUAGUGUAAACUGUAAUUGAGCAGUGACAACAGCUGAGGUCCUUGGAGCAGUGCGCCGUCGCCACCUCUCGCCGCCCGACCCAGUGCGUCUUCGCCCGCUCGUCAGUGCGCCACUGCCACUGUGCACCACCGCCACUGUGCACCACCAUCCCUUUAUUUGUGUGCGACUUCUCCCAAGUGACAAGUUGUGCAAAUCUUCUACGUCUUCGCUCUUUGCUUGUGUUUUCUGAUAUGCUCUCUGAAACUUGCCAUGACAUGCUCACUAAGUUUGUUAAUGCUUUAUGUUAUUACGAUGCCCUAGCAGUUAGUUAUUAGCGUGUUUAUCUGCAGCAGUAAUUCAUCGUUCAUCGUUGUGUUCAAGUCUCUUUGGCCACCUAAGCAUCGAGUAACACUAUAAAGAUUAAUCUAAAAGAAGAGAGAUGAAAUCCCCUUCCUCUCUGUUCCUGAGGGGCCACAUUCCUUGCGCCAAUUCACUCCUCACUACUUACAAAGGAGCACCCAAUGCAACAAAGCAUCCCAUCUUCUACUUCUGUAAGAGCAUGCAAACUAAUUCAUAUGAAAUUGCUAAUGGAAGCUACAAUCCCACUGUACAGCAGACAAAAGAAAAGAGUAUGAUGGAGAAACAAUCUAAAAAAAUUGAAUCUAUUGGAGCUUUUCAAAAGUUGCCAAUAGUGAUGCCAUCUAUUGACAUUCUUGGGUCAGCCCUAAGAAAGGCGAAGAAGAUUUCUCCAACGAAAGGAAUUGCAAAUAUUGCAAAAAGAGAGAAAAACAAGGGUGCUAAGCAACUUGAUGCAUUAAUGAAAGAACUUGCUGUUCCUUUGAGGACAUAUGUGGAGAGCUUUCCUGAUAAAGCAUAUCUUCAUCCUUAUGAAAGGUCUCUUAUUGAGUUGACACUUGGAGACGGAUACUAUGAAAAGGUACUAGGAAAAGUAGAUACAUUAAGGAAGAGGGUAGUCUCUGUUGGAAAGGAACAUGCUUCACUUUGUGCAAAGUCUUCAUCAAAGAGAGAAGCAGAGGAACGAUUGAAUGGGGGUCUUAAGAAAAUUGAAGAGAUCUUUGCUAGUGAACGGAAAGUUGUCGAUGAUUUGUUAGGCAUAGCCAAGACUUUGAGGGCAAUGCCUGUAAUUAAUUUGGAAACACCAACACUAUGCCUUGUUGGAGCUCCUAAUGUUGGCAAAUCUAGUUUGGUUCAUGUACUUUCUACUGGCAAGCCUGAGAUUUGUAAUUAUCCGUUUACAACAAGAGUUAUUCUUAUGGGUCAUAUUGUUCUAAACUACCAGAAGUUUCAGGUAACAGAUACUCCAGGCCUGCUGAAGAGACAAGAUGCAGUUUUAUAUGUUCAUGACCUUUCUGGGGAGUGUGGCACUUCACCAUCUGAUCAGUUUUCAAUAUACAAAGAGAUCAAAGAAAGGUUUAGUGGACAUUUGUGGCUUGAUGUUGUAUCCAAAUUUGAUCUGUUGAAGUCAUCACCUGUGGUCUAUGCAACAGAAAAGCCAUCUCUCACAGAAUUUGAGCUGGAGAAGUAUCGGAAAUCAGGUCCUGAUGGAGCUAUUCAUGUAUCUGUCAAAACACAACAGGGACUAAAUGAGCUGAAGAAAAAAGUGCAUGAGCUGCUUAGCCUGCAGAUGGUGAAGAUAAAAGAUACAAUGGAACAACCAACAGAAGUGAAAGGUACCACUCAAAGCGUAACACCAAAUUUGUGAAGAAACUCAGCUAAAAUAGAGGAAGUUGAAGUCUUCAUAAAGCCUGUAAAUCUUUGUAAAAUAUGUUAGGCACCAUCUACGCCGCACCUCCAUACUCAAAAACCAGCAAAAGCUUCAUUACAGGCUCCACUAAGCAAUUAAGCACCACAGAAUUGAUUGAGCGUAGCAACAAGAGCUGAAUCUUAAGUGCUUAUGUACCUUGGCAUCUUUGACAUCUUUAUUGUUACAUUCACAUUGGAGAUACAAUGAAAGCUUGUUUGUUCGUCGCCUUUGAACUUUCAAUCAAUUUGGCCACGGCAUGUAAUUUUUGUUAUCAUUUCGUUGUAACGUUGAUGAGCUCAAAACUCAAAUCUUGUCAGAAAUAAUGAUAAAAUU